AUGCCAAAAAGACGUGCAGUACGUUCUCCUUCGGAAGAAGAACAAUACCAACUUUUAAAACUUCAAAGAAAAGCAGAUUCUCAAAGAAGAUACCGUCAAAAAGUAAAUGAUAAUGUUAAAAAUAUUUCAAAUAAUUCUAAUAAUAAUGUUCGUAUAGAAGUCGAUAGUAUGCCUUCAACAUCAUUAAGCAUUGAUAAUGUUGUAUCUGUUGCAUCAAGUACAUUAAAAAAAAUAAAAGUCGACAGCUUUUAUGAAAAGAGUGAUGUUAAACAUAAAGAAUUGGAUUCAAACAGCGAUCCAUGUACAGAUCAAUUUGUAAAUAUUCUUUCUCAAAGCUUGCCUUCAACUUCAUCAAGCACUGAGAAUUAUGUGUCCAUUGCAUCAAAUGAAAUGAGAAAUAAAAAUGUUGAUUACACUGUUCAAGAAAGACAGUCAUAUCAUUUUAAAAAAGCUGAUUAUCAACGCAAUUAUCGAAAAAGGAAACGGAAUUUUUCUCAGAUUGAAAACCUGUGUAAUAAUUGUACAGAUACAGUUAUAGAGGAACAUUAUUCUGGUGAAAUGAACAUUUUAUGUAAGCAUUGUAAUGCUAAGCAUUUUAAAGCAGAGCAAGUGCCCAAUAAAAAAAAUUCUUUUAAUGAUUGUUGUAAGCAUGGUAAAGUUAUUCUGGAAGAUUUACCUAAGCCACCAUUAAUAUUGCAGAGUUUAUUUGACGGAACGCAUGAACUAUCAAAUCAUUUUCAUGAACGUGUUCGAUGUUAUAAUAAUUCAUUUGCAUUUGCAUCCUUUAAUGCAAAUUUAGUUGAUUUUAAUAAUACACGUCCUGGACCUUAUUGUUUUAAAAUACAUGGUCAGGUUUAUUAUCAAAUGAAUACAUCUAUAUAUGCUGAAGAUAACAGCAAUCCUUCAUUUGGACAAUUAUUUAUCGUGGAUCAAAACGAAUCCACAGACAUUCGAUGUAAUCAAUUUCAGACAUUAAACCGAGAUAUUAUUAAUGCAAUUGACACUGCUCUUCGGGAUUGUAAUAUCUUCGUACAAUCUUACCGUAUGAUGCAUGAAGAAAUGGAAAAAUCAAUGACUGAAAAUAACCUAACCAUUGAGCCUGAGAUGCAAUUAUUAUUUACAUUGAAACCUGGGAUGGAUAGUAGACGAUACAAUAUACAAAAAGUCAAUGAAGUUGCUGCAAUUUUUACUACAACUGCAGAUGGUGAUAUUCCAGAAUCAUACGUCACUUUGUAUAAUAAGAGAAAUAAAAAUUUACAAUAUGUAAGUUCUAUGAACCCUAAUGUUGAGCCAUGGAUAUAUCCAUUAUUUUAUCCAUAUGGUACGAGAGGUUGGGAUGAAAAUAUGACUUGUGUUAACUCUAAUAAACGAGUUUCACGGUCUGCAUACAUCAAGUUUAAAAUAGCGUCUAGAGAUGACAAUGUUAUUUUAAAAUGUGGACGAUUAUUUCAGCAAUGGAUUGUUGAUAAUUAUGUGAAAGUUGAAAAAGAUAGGACAAAUUUCUGUCGAAAUAAUCAAUCAACUCUCCGUGCCGAAAGUUACAAAGGGCUAAUUGAUCAUUUACAAAGAAGGGCAGAUGAGUCGAACAGUGAGGUAGGUAAAAUUGUAAUUCUUCCAUCAUCAUUCACAGGUUCACCAAGAAAUAUGUUACAAAAUUAUCAGGAUGCGAUGGCUAUUGUGAGAAAAUUUGGGAAACCAGAUCUAUUUAUUACGAUGACAUGUAAUCCAAAUUGGCGUGAGAUACAGGAAAAUUUACUACCUCAUCAAACUGCAGCUGACAGACCAGAUAUUGUUUCUAGAGUUUUUAACAUAAAGAAAAAUGAAGUGAUUAAUGUAAUUGUAAAGGAGAAAUUAUUUGGUGAAAUACUUGCAUAUGUGUAUGUUGUUGAGUAUCAAAAGCGUGGAUUGCCUCAUAUGCAUUUAUUAGUAAACUUAAAGCAAAACAAUAAAAUAACCACAUCAGAGAUUGUUGACAAAUAUAUUUCUGCAGAAAUUCCAGAUCCAUCGGAAAAUCCUGUACUUCAUGAUAUUGUUAUGAGAAACAUGAUUCAUGGUCCAUGUGGGAGCUGGUGUAAAGAUGAAAAUGGUAAAUGUUCAAAAAGUUUUCCAAAGAAAUUCUGCUCAGAAACAAUAAUGGAUGAAAAUGGAUAUCCGUCGUACCGUCGUCGCAAUAACGGAACUUUUAAUCGUCCAAAUAGAGGAACAGCAGAUAAUCAGUACGUUGUCCCAUACAACCCUACAUUAUUACAAUUAUUUAAUUUCCAUAUUAAUGUAGAAGUUGUUUCUAGCAUUAAAUCAGUAAAAUAUCUGUAUAAAUAUAUUUAUAAGGGGCAUGAUGCUGCUGCUAUUGAAAUAACAGAUAGUGCCAAUAGUGCAACUUCUAUAGAAUGUGAUGAAAUUUGA